UUUACUAACCUACAUAACUUGGUUGGCACUCUUUCAGAUUCCAUUUAGGAAAUAAGUACACAGCUGGUUUACUGAGUGUCUGUCUAUCUGUGCACGUUUGGAAUCCAGAAACACAUUUUGUUCUGAAGAUCAAAUAGAAGGGUAGUCAGCCAUACUCUACUUAUUUAUCAUAUCUCUUCUACUCACACACAUUACUCGAGCAGUUCUGGGUUGGUGAUGGAUCUUGUUAGGCUAUUUUGUGAUGGAAACCCACAGCUGUUUUACCAGUUUGUGAACAUUCCAUUUGCAUUUCUGUUUUAUUGUUUAGCCAGGCAAGGACAUCUCUCAGUAAUCAAGAGGUAUGUCUAUUUGACACUGGGAGGAUUCAUCCUUGCUAUCGUAACAAUGGGUCCAUACAGCUUAUUGCUGUUCUUCAGUGCUGUGCUUCUCCUGCUGCUGAUCCGCUGUCUACACCCAAUGCAUAUUCAUUAUUGGACGUUGGGACUGCAGAUGUGUUGGCAAACCUGCUGGCACUUGUACAUCCAGUACCAGUUAUACUGGCUUCAAGAGACACCAGACUUCAGGCUCUUACUGGCCACAUCUGCUAUCAUGUUGAUGACCCAGAGGGUUUCUUCUCUAUCACUUGAUCUGCAGGAGGGAACAGUCACUAGUCCCUUUCAAAACAGCAGUCGGGGUCUAUCUGUCCUUAUACCAUUUCUAAGCUACUCGCUUAAUUUUCCUGCUCUUCUUGGUGGACCCCUUUGCAGUUUCAACACUUUUGUGGAGUCUGUUAGGCAAAUUAGUGUGACUUCACCAUUGGCUUCAUAUUUAGGGAGGCUUACAUCAAAGAUGUUGCAAGUUGUAGUUUUGGUGUGGAUUAAAUAUCCUCUCAAGGAGCUCUUAAAAUCAAUCACAUUCACAGUAAACAGCCCUUGCGUUUGUCAAAACAUAAUAUGGAUCUGGGUCCUGUCGCUGCUACUUAAGAUGAACUAUUAUGCACACUGGAAGCUCAGUGAGUGUGUUAACAAUGCUGCAGGCAUGGGUUUCCAUGCGUACAGUCGCAGUGGAAAAUCAUCAUGGGAUGGGUUUUCUGAUGGCAGUCCAUGGGUGACUGAAGCGUCAAGCCGUCCUUCAGUGUUUGCGCGCCAGUGGAACAGAACCACAGCGGCGUGGCUUCGAAGAAUGGUCUUCAAAAGGUCCAACAGAUCUUCACUGUUUAUGACCUUUGGGUUCUCAGCGUGGUGGCAUGGUCUUCAUCCAGGUCAGAUUCUAGGCUUUAUCAUCUGGGCCAUCACCGUGCAGGGAGACUAUAAAAUACAUCACUUCUUGCAUCCAAAGCUUACCUCCAAGUGGAGGAAAUGGCUCUAUGUGUGUCUAAACUGGGCCUUUACUCAACUGACCAUUUCAUGUGUUGUUGUCUGUGUGGAGCUUCAGAGUUUAGAGUCAGUGGAACUGCUCUGGUCUUCAUAUAUCGCUGUGUUUCCACUACUGAGUGUUCUGAUGAUUAUAAUCCUGUGAGAAAUUACCAGAACCAGUGUAAAUUAUAUAAAUGUCAUCAAUAUAGUAAACAUGGAAGCUUUAACAUGGACCAGCAAGCACAUUUGAGCAGCUAUUUAGGGGAGAGCGGGGUGAGUUGAACCAGUUUUUACUUACGGUGUGUUUAAAGUGUAAAGUGUUGCAUCUUGGUUCAAUCAAUAUGGAGUUAAACUAUGCCAUUGAUUAUGCUACUGAAGUAAAACUGGACAUUUUUACCUCAUGCCAAAUCAUAGGAAGAGAAAUUCAAUAAGAAUGACUUCUUAAAAUCUAUGUGUGAGCCUUGUGAUGGACUGGCCAUUCAUCCAGGGAG